AUGAUCUCUCAGCGGGCGAAGGGUCGGUUCAUCUUCGCAGCGACAAUCGUUCGAAUGAUUGACCAGGAACAGCCUCACGAACGUCUAUCGCUCGUUAAUAGCAUGCUUCGCGGUGACGUGGAGCACGUCUGGGGAAACAUCGACCACCUUUACGCGUCCAUCAUCGACAGCAUCGAAGCCUCCGCUCGCGAGAACGCGCUGAAAUUCAUCUCUCUCCUCGUCAACCUAGCCGAGCCCCUGUCCCUUUCCGAUCUGCGUCUACUUUUCGGCGUCGAUAUCUAUCUUUUUCUUUUACCGUUUUCAGCUUUAGUUCAUAUCCCUCCCGUGGAUUCCCGUGAUACUGUUCAGAUAUACCACAGCACGCUUCGCGACUUUCUCCAGCAUCGAAACCAGAACGAUAGCGAUCAGGAUAUUGCCAACAGGGUUCAUCACCCUAUAGCUAUCCGCUGCUUUCGAACGAUGGCGAGGAUGCUCAAGCAUGACAUAUGCGGGCUUCAAGAUCCAUCACUUUUGCAUGUUGAGAUCCAUGACUUUGCUCAGCGGCGUGACACCAUUCCACGCGCUGUUCGAUACGCGUGUCUCUAUUGGCUCCAUCAUUUGGAGCACCUUCUGGUGGAUAGUGAGGUUCGAGGAUGCCUGAUUGAAUUCCUCGAACGACGACUUCUGUUCUUCAUUGAAGCAUGCUCAGUGCUUGGGGAACUUGAUGCUGCAGUCGGCUUACUACGGGCCGCCCGAAAGCAUGUUAUCGGCUGGCGCACCUCCUCGUUUCCGGGGUUCGAGACUGCUACAAGCUUGCUCUAUGACAGCUGGAGGCUGGUAAUGGACUUCUUUGACGCCAUCAGCGUCUCAGCUUUACAUGUCUACGAAUCUGCUCUCCCGUACGCUCCGGCAAAGUCUCGAAUUCGUCUCACAUACUCCCACGUUCUCUCAGAGACUAGUUGUGUUACGAUUGAGAACGGCUUGGAUGAUCGCUGGGACUGCGUUACACGCGUCCUGGACAUGAAGACAGAUGACUUUGACGUCUCUCUUUCCCCCGAUACCUCACAGGUCGCCACGUUCCGCAUGGAUUCGGAAGAUACCGGGACGAUCAUGCUAUGGGACACUGCCACCGGCGUACUUAUUACAUCGUACCUCCUGGAAGGUAUAUGCGAGCCGAGCUUUGACUACGACGACCGAACAGACCUCGUCCACGGCGGCUCAUUUGUUGCCAUACGUGACUCUCAGCGAUGUUACUUAUGGCGGCCAUUCAACCAAUCGGUCUCACGGGUUGAGGCGCCACAAACAGAGUGUUUCUUUGGCCCUGUGGCCGUCUCUCGCAAUGGUGACAGGAUGGCUUCACUGGUAACCUCUUCGGCUGCCCCAGGGAAAAGCUUCUCUGUCUGCGUAUAUGAUACUUCCUCCCUCCAGCAGAUCUCUUGUUGGUCGUUCCCCCUCCAGUUCAAGGAGCUGCCACUCGUGGCGUUGGAUUUCGCAUGCAAAGAUGACUGUCUCCUGGUUCGAGUGUGGCCGUUCUCGCCUUUCCUGAAACACUCACGUAGUUAUGUCCUCGUUGUCGACUCAACGGACGGACAAUUACUAUGGCACGGCGAAUAUGAUUGCUUCAACGCCAUCUUUGACUCAAGUGACGACAUUAUCAUGGCCAGGGCCGAGAGUACCGGUAUAUCUCUACUCAGAAGGGUGGCCCCUUCACAAAAUGCUACAGCUGCCCAGCCCGCCAGUCGUCCCAAAUCAAACCCAUCAUCACCUUUCAAUGGGAGAAAGCUGUCUAGAGAAUUAUUCAGGUCUAGUCGAAAGCUACCUCUGGUUACCUGCGCACAGGGGAGAAUGUAUCAAGCUGUAGACCCGAAGACAUCCUCGCAUGUGUUCCCUGAGUUUGUCGCUGAGCCGAUAUCUCACGGACAGGUGGCAGUUAGGCAAGGGGACAAGAUCAGCGCUUUCGUUCGAACGGGAUCGACCAUAAAGAAGACGAGGUGGAGGCCGCAGAACGUGGAGUGUUUCGGAAUAUCCUGGGAAGCGGGCCCGGGGAAAGGGAUCGCGCAGAUUAUUGACCUCACACAAGCCGUCGCUGCCAUCAGUUUUUCUCACGAGGACACCGAGGAUGACCCUUAUGAGUGGUCACUAGCACUGACCUCCAGACGGGGAGAUGUGACAGCCUAUAAAUCAACAACGAAUUGGACUCGUAGAACCAAAUACAUCCUUGUUGGCCGCGGCGUGGAGCCCGCUGACGAUGCUUUUAGGUGCAAUAUCGUGCCUGAUGCACUCAACGUAGCCUGGACCUCCUCAUCGGAUGUAUCAACGCGAAAAACCAUUGCCCUUUCUCCGAAGUCGACAUAUUUUGCAGUUUCAACUAUUCGUAGGGACAAAGGUCGUAUUCAGGUCUGGAAUUCUAGAUCGGGCGCUCUCAUGGGAAGCGCGCCGGCGGCGGGUCUAGGGCUUGAAGCUGAAACUGUCUUGGAGAUGAGUUUUGCAGAGGACGAAACAGUUCUAGUGCUCUCGUGUUGGGCAUACGAAUCACACAGCGUUUUUAUUCACGUGUACUCUCUGGAAGGUGGAACUGUCAAACAUGUGGGAUCGAUCUCUCCUCCCUCGCUCAUCUGUGCGGAGCCUUGCGUGAUAGCAUCCGUCACACGCGAUGCAGUCGACUACUUCUGCGCUGACAAGGACCACAAUCUAGUCUAUCAUUUUCGUUGGAACAGAGAGACGUCAACACCUGUCUCUGUCUCUUCCUUCCCUUAUCUAGGUUUUAUCAACGCUGACGUGACGCACUCCCCAAGUUUCAAGAGAAUCUACUACCGCACUCCUGCCACCAAUACGGAGUUCAUUUUGAAUAUGAAAAGGUCUGCAGGCGACGAAACAAAGACGUACGAGGUUGAAGAAGCCGAAUCUCCAAAGGCUUUCUACGACCAUCGCUCCUGGUCCGACCUUUGUGUGGAUGUGGAUGGAUGGCUCCGACAGCGCAGGCGCAGAAUCUGUUGGCUUCCAGAGAGAUAUAGGCCUGCUGAGCUCGGAGAGAGUGGUUUAGAGCUGAUAGUGGAGGGGAACCAGGUGACAAUCCUGAAACUCCACAAUGAAAAGUGUAUCACUAUAAGACUGCUCAACACGGAAAUCGUGUUUUUUGAAUAG